AGUUAUCUUAACCUGUGGUAACCAAUAAACUUCCGGGACAUCUUAUGUGUGGGGUUUUUUUUUUUUAAAGAAAUGUACCGAAAUGUAAACAUCAGACAACUCAUACUCAUACUGUGUAAAGUGUGUUCAAGUGUUCACGAUCUACCAUAGGUUAUUACAAAAAAAAAUAAAAAAAUAGGGCAUCCUUUUUCUAAGGGCAAUAAUAUCCUGAAUUGGUCAUGGCAACAAGCUUGAAAGUGUUGACCUUAAACUGUUGGUAAGUAUGUAAGUAUGCAUACUUAUUAAUUAUUCAUAAUAUAAUUAUAAAUAUCAACACUUGACUCAAGUCUUGACCUACACUUGUGACUUACAACUUACAGUAACAGAAAAUAGGAUAUGCAAUCCACUGACGUGGAUAGAAACAAUUCUAUUUGUAACAGUAUAAUGAGUAUAUGAAUAUACGGGUAAAAGUGCAGUUCAGGUGCAAAUAUUAUUUCUUAACGCAUUUCGUAUUUUAAAAAAAAUUUUAUCAUGUAAACUUACGUGUAUUCUUUAAUAAUUAAAUACAGGCAGUUAUAGUUAACUAAUUCUGAAUUAUAAAUCGCAACUUUUCUUUUUAUUUUACUUCUAAAGAGUCUUUAAACAUCCCCCAACCAAAGUGACACAGCCCCAUUUGUUUGUAUUUUUCUUUUCACCCUAUGCCAGAUUUUUAGCCACCUAUAACUUAGUAUGCUAAACGAAAUUUUCAAACUGUAGGCAUGUUCACAAAACAGAAUGAAAUACUAGAUUUUUCAUUACCACAAGCCCCCCUCCCUCCCCCCCCCACCCCUUCCCUUCCCCCCAACUUUCUUUUUUUUUUCCUCUCAGAGCGCUCGGAAUAUAGGGGUUGUCCUUUGAAGUCGGGGUGUGGGGGGGAGGAUCACUGACUAAGGCAGUGGACACACGUCAUCAUUGUCCUGGACCUGGUGUGAAGCUGAAAAAAGAAAGGGGGGGGGGGGUACACGAAUACGUGCCAAUGUGUGAUCUAGUGUCCACUUUAAAAAAAAAAAUAUUUGUGACGCAGAAAUGGGAGAAAUCGGAAUGAUAGCGUGGGGUCAUUUUGAUAGUCAUCUCAUCCUGAAAGCUGCUAAUACGCUGCCCGUGAUUGGUGAGCUCUAAUUUGAGCACCCCUCCUCUUUUUUCGUUUGCAAAUGCACUUAUUAGUGGUGAAUGAUUUGCGCUGAGUAAAGUGAGGGCUAGUGAUUAUUUUUUUAUAUUAUAAGACGGACUUGUUUUGACUUUGCGGUAUUGCUGGUUGUAGGAUAAUUUUGUUUAAAAUGGCAGGGCGACCAAGAAACAAUAACUAAAAUUGUUGAUGCAACGGGCAUUUUUAAUGGUGCAGCAUUUGGUUUAUGCGUGCACCUUGUGGGGCAACAAAUAACGUUAAUACAACUGGAAUUUCUCCUAAGGCGCUCGUAACAAUUGCAAUGUGGCUUGUAAGCUGGGUUCGUAUGUCAAGUAUGUGAUCUGCAUAUCACCCGAAACGGGAUUCACCCGAAACGGGAUCUCACCGUAACCGGUAUCCCACCGGGCUCAGUAACGCACUGGAUUGGGAUCCCACCGGGAUCAGGAUCUCACUUUGAUCAGAAUCCUUUCGGGAUCGGAAUCUCACCGAAAUGGGAUCCCACCGGAAUCGGGAUCCCACCAGAUUGGGAUCUCAUUUAGUUUGGGAUACCACCGGAAACGGAUCUCAUCGGGAUCGGUAUCUUACCUGGAUCGGGAUCCCACCAUGACCAGGAUUCUAUCGGAAUCACAUCGGGUUCGGGAUCCCAUCAUGAUCCUUCCAGGUGCCAUCGGAAAACGGGAAAAACGGAAAGUUUACAUAAGUUAUUUUAAGUGUUUUUAUAGGAGACAAAUUAAUUAUUAUUAUUUUUUUUACUAUCGUGUUGUUGUUUUGUUGUUGACAUUUCCUUUAAUAGCAAUGUGAACUAAAAGGACGUAGCAGAUGUUUUUUUCUGAAUGCAGCCCCGGGCAACUCCGGUUAUAGUUGAUAGUAAAGUUAUAAAAUAAAUGUAUCAUAACUAGAUUCAUCCAAUUGGGCAACUUUUAUAAAGUAUCUUUAAAGACAGAAGAGUUUUCCUUGAUUUACCACAACGGCUCCGUAAAAUACGAAAGAAUCAUAAAAUGUACUUUUUUUAUCUUGUAAAAUUUGUUAAAUUGUUGUUGUAAUCAAAUAAAAAGAUGGUAUUUUACUUUUAAAAUACUUUUUAUAAAGAAUGUACAUAAGUUUACACGGGAAAAUAAGGGAUUCAAACAGAAAUAAUAUACGCUCCUGAACUGCACUUUUACCGAAUAUAUGAUGUCUAUCUAUACAGUUACAAACUUAUCUAGGGUUACCAGACGUCUGUGUUUAAUACGGACAGUUUGUAUAUUUGACCCCCUUAUCCGUACUAAUUUUUGGUCCGUGUUUAUCCGUACUUUCCUUUCGUCAUCCCCAUACUUUUGGCAGCGAAGACUUGCUUGUCUUAUUUCCAUUUGCUUUUUCUUCUUUCUCUGCAAAGAGCAGUGAAUAGUUUCAGCUCCAUCAGACAGUCCAAAAAUAGCAUAUUAAUAUCGUCAAUGCUGUACAAAUAUCAUAUAUAAAUGUUGUGGAGGAAUUAUUGUCAUACCGUUGCCAUUUCUUUUCACAUAUGAACUAGCUAGAUGUCGCUUCAGUAAUACUCAGUAGUAGCAGUAUUACAGUAAUAUUUUGUCCACCGUAUCUUCAAUGUGCUAAUUCAGUUGUUCCUAUCAUGUUUCGAUUCCCAGCGCUUAUGCCCACUUUAGGUUUUCACCAUUCUUUGCUGCCUUUACUAUACUACCUUUAAGUAAAUUACUAUUUUUAUUUUAUUCUGUUUUUACUGUUGUAUAUUGGCUGAGGAGGAAAUGCUGCACCUGGGGGUGAAGCCAGAAAAUGGUGCCACUUAAUAAAUAGAAAAUAUGCUCCCAGGGGAGAUGAAUAAAAGAGAUAAUUUUUGGCCCCCCUCGUCUUUCUGAAGAAGCCUGUAUGGGAUUUGAUAUUUUUAAUUCACUAUUAAGAUCCUAUCUAAAUAAUAUUUUGGAACCCACUGUGACUGCCCUCUUUUCCCCAUUCUCAUGACUCUGUCCGAGGGCAACAUGACACCCAGAGUGACGCUUAUUAUGGAGACCACUGGGCUGGCCAAACUUGUCGGCAGUAUAAUCCCGCGACAUAUUUUUUUUAUUCAAUUGACGUCACAAUUAUCUAUUUUGGAAGUGUGUGGGGGGUUGUCAGAAAAAAAAAGAAGCCAAGCACAAACCCCCCCCCCACCACCACCUGUAUGGUUCCGGUUGCUUUGAGCCUUUGUAUCCAUACUUGGCAUCCAGAAAACCUGGUAAGCAUACCUUAUUAGUACUAAGUAUUAAAUAGGCCUACUGAAUUAGCCAACCCAUCUGUACUGUAGUGUAAGUUACAGUAUUGGCCUAGGAUAACACUACAACUUAGUACAACUACUGCUGCUAUAGUACAUCCUAUACUAUACUAUUACUAUCUCUAUCAUUAGUGAUUAGUGACAUUCAGUUUCAUUUAUGACUUUGAAUGAUUACUGUGACGGAACAGAGUUUGUCUAGGGUUUGGUCCCCAACACACUAGCCACAGAAAACACAACUUUCUGACUUCCAUCUAGGGGCAAUCAAUAUAGAAUGUACACCAAAAAGUCUAAUUGUAACCCCCCCCCCCCCCCCCCCCCUCCCCCCCUUUUUUUGCACGCAUACUUUUUUGAUGAUCCCCAUGCCCAGAAAAAACAACAACCUACAAAAUACAGUAAUCAUUACAUAAUUUUAAUAUCAAUGUUAACAAAGUGGGUCACCGGAUUAUCAUCACUGGCUGUUCAGCAAGUUUAGUGGUUCCCAAAAUAUACGCUGCAUCACCCUGGGUGCCACGUUACCCUUUGUCAGGGCCCUGAGAAUAGGGGGAAGAGCAACAGGGGGUUCCAAAAUUUUCUUUAGAUAGGACCUUAAUUCAAUAUACUUCACAAAGACAAAGGGCGUAAAAAAUCAUCAUCAUUUCUACAUGGGUUGCUGCGACUUCUUCACAGGGUUGUUCCGAAAUAUUACACAAUUUUCAUAAUUUUAAUUGCUCUCUUAAUGUGACAUUUAGCGGUCGUUGUGCAAUUAGUAACCCACUGUUUUCAGUUUCUAGAUGGCGCUAAGUGACCUACAUACAUAUUAUAUUUAUUUUUACCCAACCCUUUUAUUUUAUUUUGUUUAUGUAUUCACUAUUUUAAAGUGUACUUGUUAGAAUUUUACACAGGGUGCCAGGUGAAAACAUAACUUUGGCAUACGUGCCAGGAAUCUAACUUUUGGAACCACUGGCACAGCCCGACAAAAUAUACGCCACAUGCACGUUGAACAUAUGAUGCACAUUGAACAUACGGUGGACUAAAUAUUACUGUAAUACAUCUACUAAGUACUAUCUGAGCGAUAUCUAGCGAGUCCAUUAACGAAAACACAUAGCAACAUUAUGACAAUAAUUCCCAAAAAGCAUAGCAUUAUAUGUGUAACAUAAGGAAAUUCAAUGUUAAUUUACAGUUGAGUAAAAGGCACUAUUUUGUGUCAGAGUAGAUCAAAAUAUAGAUAAGGCAGAACUGGAAGAAAAGACAUAUUAUAAUGGAUUUUAAGAUGGCAGUUGGAAGGUUUGAUCGAAUGUUAUUAUUCUAAAAGAAGUGGAUGUGUCGUGACUGUCCUUCAAUUAAUCACCAUUCUAUUAUUCACCAAUGUGAACUUUAUUCUCUAUUGUGUGAUUGGUUAAUAAAUUAAUAAUAUGUUGAGUUGGACUUCUGCUGAUAUAUAGCGUGAGUGAGACACAUAGUAUCACGUAGGUUAUCAAGCAAGGAGUGUAACAGUAAUGGUCAUAUUUACAUUUAUGUCAGGAAUGCAAGGUUGCCUGACGGUUUGAGUUAAUUAAGGUAAAAUCAGGACAGUUACCAUUUGUUAUAUUGGUGGCAUUUUAGAUAUAAAUAUGCUUUUUUGUACUGUCAGAAUUUCUGGAUAACUAUUGUAGAAUUGGCUUGCAUAUGUAAAAUCUCCAAAGUCAACAAACCCCUUCUCCCCUGGUUGUAUAUAUACUACUUGGAUGGUCCCCUGUAAGGCUGAUGUGCAGAAAAUAAAAAAAGUUGCUGCACAUGUUUUUGUUUUGGUCUGGAUUCACAUGCAUUAGCAUGACAAAAGAGGGUGUUAAUGAUCCCAUAAGAGGCUAUUAAAACUCCAAAACCGUCCUGUCCAACCCAUGGCCUGUGGGCUUCAUGUGGCCUGCCAACUGAUUUUAAAUGGUAAUAAAUGAAGGACUGUGUUCAAGCUGUGUUAAGAAUAUAGUUGAACAAGGUAUGUGGAAUCUUGAAUUAAGAAACAGGACAAUAAGACAAGAACAUUUUGGCUAAGAGCCUUCAUCAGUCAUCAGCAGACAGGACAGAUGUGAUCUGGGGUACUAAAGGUGUCACAAAUGACUACAUUGAGUAGUAUCAAUUAUUUAUGGUACCAUGUUAUUUUAACAGGUAGUCUAGCCAGGUAUGGAGAGUGUGUCUCCAUCCUGUAUUGUUGUGACUUGGGAGACAAGUACCUGAUAUCCAGAGCUCAGAGUGUGUGAUGUUCAAGGUGCAGUGUUUUUAGAUAGUGUAUUUUAGUCAGGGAUGAGUUGUGAGAGACAUGAGGAAUGCUUCUUGAAAGUAUUAAAAAAAAAACAGACAUAAGAAUGCAUGCAAGGAAUUCUGUAUGACAUAUUUUUCUUCUGAUGAAUUCCCAGUCAGUGGAAAUGUAACAAAAUAUUGAUGAUGUUUUUUAAACCAGCUACAUCAGUUAAGCUUGAUUCACUGUCAUGACCAACAAGUCCAAAAAGCCUACGCCUUGACUUGGGAAAAUUUAGAAAAUCUAAUGUUGGCAGGCGCUACCGAAAACUAUCUCAAAAUAAGAAAAUCGCAAAUACAAUUCAAAUAAAAAUAUCUCAUUAAAGAAGUGUUACAGUUUCUUUUCACUUAAACUUUAUUUAUGUUUAUGAUAUACCGGUUAUUAUUCUUUCUUUUAUGAUCAGCUGAUAAUACUGACAGAUGUAUUUGAUCCUUUUUGCAUAAGUUAAGGAGUAUUAAUAACAUGAAUAAUUGUCUAAAAGUUUUUUAAAAAAAAUUGUUGCUCUUGAGAUGUCAUGUGCAAUCCUAGGCUUUACGGAUAAAAAAAAAAUUUGGUCUACGCAUUGAAAAAAAAGUUGUAAGCACUGCUCCAAAUCCUUCACUCAAAGGAAUAUGUUCUAUACAACAUUCCAAAAUCACUCUCUCUACUCUACAAUUCUGCAAUCUGAAUAAGCUAGUAAUUUUCAAUCAGACAUCUCUCUCUCUCAAAUUUCUGUUUUAUCUCUGUCUCACAAAAACAUAAACACAUGCUUUAUAGUCAAGUGUUAAAGACCCCCAUCUGGUGAUCAAUCAGACAUAGCUGAUUUCAGCUCAUAAUAACUGAAUAUAUAAAUACACUCUCUCGCAUCCUAACAACAACAUACAAAUCGUGACAUCAUAAAACAUCCCCACGUAAUCUAACUGUGACAAUUACACCUAUGAGGCUCUAUGACUACAGUCUAGUGACUGCAGGUUUCUGCAGAAGUUCAAAUAAAACUUAAAGACACCAGAUCACAGCCUUUUUCUCUUGACUCUUCCUUGCUGCAACUUUUCUUGUAGGCUCUGCUGAGUAUUCUUCAGCGAAGUAUAAGAAAAAAUCAAACGCUUCUUUUUUAAAAGUAUUGUGACAUUAUCAUUGGAUUUUACAGGGGUCUACCUUUUCCAGUCAUUUGCAAAAAUCGCCAGGAAAGAAUUUGUGCAAUAGGUGAUUACAUAAAUGAUAAUGGCUUGGACAUUGUUAUACUGGAGGAGGUAAAUGCACAAUUUUAAAAGGGUUGGAUACUAAUUUGAAUUAAGAAUUUGAAUAUAUUUACAUACAUUCUUUUUUAGCAUAAUUGUGUGAAUAAAUUUUGUUUGCAUAUUUCCAAAAAUGAAAAAAAUGCAAGAAUUAAACUUUUUUGUUGAAUUAAGUUUUCUGUAAAACUCAUUGCUUUGACUAAUUUAAGUUUGAGAAACAUUUCAUUUAUUAAUUUAAGGUCAUCAUUCAUUUAAUGGUAUAUAAAUGAAAAUAUUUUUUUUUUAUUUGCAACAGAUUUGGGUUAAAUCAGAUUUUCAAAAGCUGAGACAGAAAUUGCAACUGAGAAUGCCAUUUUCUCAUUACUUUUACAGGUAAUAUGUUUAUCACAUUGAAUGCUCCAAGUCACUCUGAAAAUGAAACUGAUCCCAGCAGAAUGACCUGUUUAGAAAUUGAAAAAAUUAUAUUGGACAGUUUAAUUUUCAUCAAGUUGAAUUUAAAUAAAAAAAAACAGUAGAAAUGUUGCAAAUAACUUUUCAACACAAACGUCAGUCAUUCUGUGAUAUCAACCAGCUUUCUAUGAACCCCAUUCUGAGUUUAGAAAAGUUGUACCAUUGUUUAGGCAUAUGAUUGUAAAUCCUGACAUAUUGCGAAACAAAUCAUUUUCUAAAGCUAUCUGUUCUUGCUUUGAAGGGAAGAUUUUGCUCACUUCGUAGUGAUCUUAGUAGUGAUUAAUUAGUGUUUGUGUAGGCAGUGGACUGUAUGUUACCUGCAAAUACAAGGCCCCUUUUUUAAACAAAAACACAAAAGUAAUUUAGAAAAUAUAUUUUAUUUGCAUAAUUUUAUAUUCUAGUGCCCUUCAAUUUAAGCUUAGGUUUGCACUAAUUAGCGUAUUGGCAGAUUACUGAUUAUUGAUUAAUUGUGAUCACAUAAUUGGCAGAUGACAAUUUGAUGAAAUCAAUCCCAUAAAAAACAUCUAAUUCUCUAAAUAAUAAUUCUCUUAUUUGUUAUAAGCCAAAGCUUCAUGCCAUGGAAAUUGUGUAUGAUAUUAAUUUUUAAAAUGACAGGAUAGCUGAUGUUUAAGAAGAUCAACAUUCUACUGAUUCUGCUUCUGCUUUUUGUCAUCACACAAUGAACAAAAAAUGAACCAAUCACAGACUUGAUCGUAUUUGAUAUUCAAUAAUGUUUUCAAAAUAAUGAAAAUAAAAGUAAAAGCUACUGUUUUAAUCCUGAUUGGUUAAUUUCUGUUUGAAGCUGUUUGUUUGAAACAAAUACCAAUAGAGACAAAGUUAAACAAGAAGGUUGUAUCAAAUAUUCCUCACUGACAGAUUGUCUCACUGUUAUUUUCCAGUGGAACUAUCGGCAGUGGCAUUUGUGUAUUUUCAAAGCACCUGAUCUCCGAGACAAGCUACCACAGAUUCCACCUCAAUGGGCAUCCCCACAAAAUUCUUCACGGAGACUGGUUUGGAGGGAAGGGAGUAGGACUAUGUAAAAUUCAAAUUCAAGAAAAACCACUAGAAAUCAAUGUCUAUGCCACACAUGUAUGUUUUAUUAAAUUAUUGCAAUACAUGAACAUUUGAUUUAAGUUUAUUCUGUUAAACAUUUAUAGUCUGACAAAGUAUAAAUAGGCUGAUAUAGAUAUGUUUCAAAAUAGUCUUAUAAUCACAUAGAUGGACAUAUAUUAUGACACUUGAUUAAUAAUACCUGAAUCUUCCAAUGGAGUAAACUGAUAUUAACUUAUUCAAUAAACAAAACUAAGAUUUAGAAUGAUGUAGACAAAAACUAAAAAGAAAUGAUUAGAAAAAAAAUAUUAUUUUGAAAUAAGUGUAUAUAAAUAAUUAACUCUAAGUUUAGAGACUUAGGAGGUUUUAUUCUCACCAGUUCCAUGCCGAGUACAACCCUGCUCAGGACGAAUAUGAAGCUCACAGACUUGCUCAAGCAUUUGAACUCAGCCAGUUUAUCAGGUAGUUGGACCCACAGGCUCGCCAUAGGGGAAUAACUGGAACAUCAGUUUGAUAAAUAACACAACCUGGACUAAAGACUUUUAAAUAGCUUCUUGGUUUCAUAUUCUGACUAUUCCAAACUAAAACAUUGAUGAACAUACAUUGAAAAAGUGCAAUGCUUAUUCUAUGUUGUAUUGUUUGGCUGGGGGACACAGUCAGUUUGAUAAAGGACAGGAAUUUCAAUGGACUGUGGGAUAAACAAGCUGAUUAAGAACACUUACAAAAGAGAAAAAAAAACAUUGCUUGUUGAAGUCUGAUGUAAUGGUCACAUCUUAGUGCGAUACUUGAUAUAGGGGGAAAAAAUAGUAUAAUUUACCAUAAUACACAAUCAAAAUCUAAUAUUCCCUCCUUCCACCACAUUAUAAAUUAUAAAAGUAUACAUUUUUUUUUUACUCCUAAAUUAAACUGAUUUUAAACAUUUACCCCAGAAAUACUUCCCGUGACUGUGAUAUGAUCAUAGUGGCAGGGGAUCUUAACACUGGUCCUACACAUCUUGGAUACAAAGUAAUUACACAACAUGCUGAUCUCAAAGAUGCUUGGCUUGAAAAGGUAAUUAUCAAGAGGAAAAAAAAUCAGAAUUUCGUUUCCAGAGGAAUUCAGAUUUUGAUCAUGCAAAGAGUUACAAAAAAUACGGCCAACUGGUGAAUUAAACUUUCAUUGAAAGUUUGCAUUUUGUAGCAAGGACUGUAAUACAGCUUGGGCUUAAGAGGUCAAAGGUCACCAACAUCCAAUGCAGAUGAAGCUAGACUGAAAACUAGCAAUAGCAACUACAUUUUGUUUGUUAUAAUAGGUCAACUUUAAAAUUAGCCUGCAGCAGAUUUGUUUACUAAUUAUUAGAGUAUUAUAAUCUCCCCAUGGUCAGUAGGUCACCAACAACUACACUUUAUGUAAAAAAGGUUAGAUAUAUACAAAGAUUUCAGUCAUGGCUGGUUCAAUAUCAAUAGUCUGUCAUGAUUGGAAAUCAUUGUACAAUUUACUCUUAAACAUAUUAAAUAGAUCCAACUGCCUUAAGAGUUUUAAAAAAUAAAUUACUACAUUGUUUUAAGUACAGGCUUGAAAUAUUACUGUUUUCAUUAAUUAAUUGUGUGCAUUCCUCUGCUUGAACUUAAUCAAAUUGAGAAUAAUUGUUUUUUUUAAACUCAGCUUUGAUAUUUAAUUUGAUCUGUAUUAAAGGUUUUGAUCCAGGGGCGUUGCCAUCUAUGUCUUAAGGGUAAUAAAUUUUGUAUUAUUUUGUUGAGAACAAUACAGUGACCAAUGAGCAUGGAGGCACCUGUGAUGUCCCAGGUAACACAUACACAGGUAAUGGAAAUCCUGAAGGCGAUCGCAUUGACUACAUCAUGUACAGUACUAAAAAUGGUACGUUUUUUUAAUAGCAAAUUAAAAAUUGUAAAAGCUUGAUAAUUGGGCUUAUCAUGUACACUGCAGAGCCGGAACUUUCUAUACAACUAACUAUCUGAUAUGUGUGUUAAUCUAGACAUUUAUUGUUGUAUUCAAAGCUGUGAUCAUGACUGCUUGAGAAACAAGGCUCUGAGGAAUUAUUUCUGGGUAAAAAAAUGUAUUGUCCUUGUACCACUGAUGAAAUGAUAAAACUUCCCUAGGUUAUGAGGCAGCUGUGACAGAUUGCAUUAUAGGAAUAGGAAAAAUCUCUAAUCUGGGCAUCAGCUACUCUGAUCAUGAGGCCGUCAUUGCUUCCAUAUCUGUUUUUGGAGAAAGAGGUAAGAAUAAACUUAUUUCAAUGGGAAAUUUUUUUAAAUUUAAAAGAAAAAUUGCAAUCAAUUUGAAAUUGAAAUUUGAAAAAUUUGAAAUUUUCCAUUAAAGAUGAAUAUUUGCCGAUUUUAAACUAUGUCAACAACUUUAAGUUUAUUGAGGUGUGCAGAUAAAAGGGUCAAAAUCAGAUGCCCCGUCGUGAUCUUACAUCACUGACUUAACUCUGGCUAAUGCAUAUAGUGUUUCCAUUACACCUGUAAGAAUUGGUGUCCUCACAUCUCUGGCAUCCUCAUAUCUCUGGCAUCCUCAUAUCUCUGACAUCCUCACAUCUCUGGCAUCUUCACAUCUCUGGCAUCUUCACAUCUCUGGCAUCCUCACAAUUCUGGCAUCCUCAUAUCUCUGGCAUCCUCAUAUCUCUGGCAUAAAUUCCUUUUAAAAAUUGGAUGUCCGAAGUAGAUUUCUCUUCCUAACACCAUCUUCUGAAAAAAAAAUAUUUAAGUCUUCUGUAGUCAGGCAAUUGAAGUUUUUGAAAUGUAUGAAAAUGUAUUUAUCCCAAUCAUUCCACCAAUUUAUGAAUUAGUCAAGUUAAGCUGUUGUUUUCAUGAUGUUAUUCCUCAAGACUCGUUUGAGCCUUUUAGAAAAUCUCCCCUGUCAAGAGAUGUGAAGGAAUGUCUACAUGAAACUUUGCUUGUCCUAGAUAAAGGAGUAUCACAGUGCCUGAGUGAAGAGAAAUUUUUUCAGGUAAAUUCAAAAUAUCUAAAUGUUAUCUUAAGGUUUUGUUUUGACAUUCCAGUGAAGCUGCGUGCCAUUGGAAUAAAAUGUACCUGUUAUAAAAUAAACAUCCCAGAUUAUACAAACUAUUAAUAAACAAAAUUAUCUCAAGUAUUUUGAGCCUGAGAAAAAAAUACAAAGUAGCAAAAAAUUGAUAAAAAAAAUAAAUAUAAUUAAUGUUAGCUGACUUUCAGAUUAUUUGUAUUUUUCUAAUUUGACAACCCUCUUUAUCCACACAAAAACCCCCUUCAGUUGGUGGUUUUUGUCCUGUCUCUAAUUCUGUAUGCUUUCAAUGCAUAUGUGGACAUAGCAGACUAUAAUGGGGGCAUCAUUGUGGCAUUCACCAUGGCGUCCACCAAGCUGUUGCUGGCCAUUGCUAUUGGCUUCUCUUUUUGGACAGCCCUGAUAGUCAAACGUGCAGAGUUUCACGGCUUGAUAGCGUGUAAGGAGGACAUCAUGAAGCUGCUUGGAGUCUGACAGCAGUCAAACUUGGGCUUGUAGUCUGAAAGCAGUCAAACCUGGUUGUGAGUUCCAUCAUUCCCCCCGAAGAGGCUGGUUGCAUGAUCGAAACAUUAUUGCUUUAUUAUAUGUUUGUAGAAAACCCUUUACAGUCUCUACAAAGUCUAUUCCAUGCAGCAAAAGAAAAAACCAUAAAAUCUUUUUUUUUAAAAUUAUGAUAUUUUUUAUUCCAAAACUAAAUUAAUACUUGUGUGAUCUAUAUGGGAAAAAUUUUGGUUGCAAUUACCAUUAACAAUUUUCUUCACUUAAGUCAAGAAUUAUUUUUAAAACCAAGCAUAGGAAAUGCAAGGGUUAAAUGGCUACCAAAAACAAAAAAAAUUAUUUGAAUCUGUAGAAUAAGGAAACAGAAUAUAGUUUUGGAUGCUUCAGAAAGAGAAAUUUUAUUGGAAAAUUUGUGUCAGAGAUUAUUGUCAAAUCUUUCCUGUCAACACUUAUUAUACUGUUAACACUGGGAUGAAUUUAUUUUAAAAAAAUUUUUUAAAUUGAAAUGAAAUGGUUACAGGUAAUUUAUUUUAUGUGACUUUAGGAUAAAUUUGGAUGAGUAAUUGAUAAUAAAAUGGGACCAAAAUUUAUUAAUGAAUCUUUGACUAAACUGAUCAUUCAAACUGCCCUUUUUGUAUCAAACUUUUCAUUGACAUAAUUCUAUUAAAGAUAGAUUAUUUUUUUAAAACUUUGAAAAAACCAUUAAUAUCCAUUUUAUUUUAAGCUCAAGUCAUCUUUUGUUUAAACACCAAAUCAAUAGUCCAUUGAAUAAUCUCAGGGGAAAAAUUGUAGCAUUAUGUGUUUUUACAAGCCAUGGAUGAAUCUAAUUUUAAUGCCAUACCAUGUGACACUUGUGGAUCUAGAUCCCUGUCAAAAAUUUGGGCACGGAAAAUAGUUCAUACAUUACGGAAAAUAUUUCAUACAUUACGUUUAAUUAAAAUAUUUAUGUUUAAUAAUUAUUUAGGGAACAUUAGUUAUUGUUAUUUUUGUUUUGAUUACAUUUUGUGUAAACUGUUAAUGUAUCUCUCUACAUCGAUAUUUAAAGCUUGUGUUAUUUUGGAACUAACUUAUAAAAUAAUUUGGAUUUUUGUUCUGUUGAUAUGUAAAUCCUGUUGCAUAUCAUAAUUUGUUGCUAUGCUGGUGAAAUAAAAAUCUUGAAAUUUUAUUCUUC